AUGUCAGGAUCAAUUGCGGUCGAGUCAACCAACCUGGGCUCUCCAGCGCGGCGGAUGGCUCUUGAAUCGAGGGUCAGCGGGGCGCUGGCGUCUAGGCCACGCCGAUCUGGUGGCAUACCGGUUCCCAGGCCACUUCCUGAACCUGGACCCAACGAUGAUGAGGACUUCAAUCCUUUUGCUGGACGCGUCUUGAAUCGCACACCCCCUCGUCAUGGUGCUGCUCUUGGAAGAGUACCUCCUCGCCAGCCCGAACCUGAACCUGAACUCGACCAGGAACCCGAACUACCGCCUACGCCCACGCAGAGGGGCCAAGCUGACCCUGUCGUCACGACACCUCCCCGCGGCAUCCACGAUACACCCUCGAAGAAGAGGCGGCGGAAUGCUUCACCAUCUAAGAGUUCGCCACUGAAGCAACCGCCUCUCCGACCACCCGAGUUUUCUCACAAGGCGCAGGAGCCCUCCAAGAAGGUCAUGGCACGGGCUGCCCGAGAGAAGAGCCCUACUCAGAUGGCAAAGCAGACAAGAUCAACAACCGGUCCCUCUGGAACACACGAGGCGCGUGGAAUACCAGUGCCUGAUCCCUACUCGGAGCUCAAGGAGACGAGAGACGCGCUUGAGGCGGAACUCGCCAAGUUGGAGGCCGACCUGGAACUAGCAACCGAUGAGAACGAGCGAAUACGCAAGGCUCAGGCUCGUCGAUCCGGUGAUGUGCAGCCUUUGGGACGUUCUCGUCAAAACCAACUCCUCGACUUGCUCCGCCGUCAUCUCGUACCACCUGAGAAGGAAGCUAAGCCAGAUGCUGCGCAAGGAUGGUUCGACAUGGCCAUGAAUCCAACAUCAUGGCUUUCGUUUGGAUCUCUAGGACAAGCUCAGCUUUCCAUACCAAAGGAAGAGCCAGAGGAUCUCCCCACUCCGACUUCGCACCACCCCAUACAGAUGACGGCCGUCGAUGAGCUUCCAUACCUUCAAGCCUUUACCCCCUUUGAAUUUUCAGCGACGACAAACAUGCUGCCGAAAGAAAGCGAUUCCGAUCCUCUACUUCGGAAACACAACAUCGUCAUUAGAUCGGCUCAUCCAGCGGGUCUGUUUAUGGCCAAGAUGGAAAUGACGGUCGACACGGAGAACCUUCGAAUCAAAGAGCUUGCAGUACCCCGUCUAGACCCUGCAGCUGUCGCGGAACUAGGCCCUUUUGUCGAAAAGGUCUCGAGCGGAGGCUCCAACACUCACAUGAACCGAAAUGUUAGCGUGGUGACUUGGGCCAUGUCCGAGUGGUAUAGAGUCGCUGUCGAGAGAGCAAAUGUUUGGCACACCCUUGACACCGAACUUGGCGACAAAGAAAAGCUGGCGCAGAGCGUGGCGAGGAUACGGACACGACGGAAAAAGCGAAGGAGAAAAGAUGACGAUGAAGAAAAUAGCCAGGACGCGGAUGGUAUCACCGAGAGGAAUCGGACUGAGAACCUGCCUCGGUCAGUACUGUUGCCUCAUCUCGGGAGAACAGCCUACGAGAUUCCGAUACCGGGUGCCGUGAAGGAAGAAACAUCGUGUUUGAGAUUACAGUGGCGGAUUGAUUUUGACUGGACGGGCGAGGCGCAAAGCAAGGUUGGACUGGUGAUUGGCAUGCCUGGCAAGUGUGACGAGCGCGGUUCACUCGCGGCAGCGUCCAAAGUUUUUGAAAGAUUUGUUCGGGGUAACGAGGGACCGAUGACGGCGGUACGAACUGUCGUUGCAUUGCUGGCGGGAGACGCGUUGUCUUGA